AUGUCGUUGUUCUUCGAAUCACGAACGGGAACAGACCGGCGUCAGAUUAUCAUACUGGCCCACGACGGAGUGAAUACCGAUCUGGUUGCUGAGACUUUAGAAGCCGUGUCAAAUGUUGAGAAACUGGGUGCAGUCAUAUUCGCUGUAACUGGUAACACAAGAGCAAAUGCAUUCGCUUUGCUCGGCUAUGCUGGAUCCAGAGAUCGACUAUUCGUCUCAGCCGCUGAUCGAGCCAUAUUUCAGGAUUCCUUGGAUGAGACUCUUGGUGUAUGCGAGUCGAUAACGUCAGCUGUGACAACGACGUCCAAAAAUCUUCGAAGAAGAGUUCAUGGAGUGAGAGGACGUCGCGCAAAAGCUGAGAAGAAUGUCUUCGUCCCAGGGCAGAAAUGCGGCUUCGACAAGGUCGACCUCACGCUUGUACUUGACACUUCCGGCUCGGUCUUCAGAGUGUUUGAGGAUCAACGUGAAAUUGCACUGAACAUUCUUGAUGAAAUACCAGUGGAAGCGUUUUCGGAUGCUGUGCAGGUGUCAGUGACGCGAUUCGCCGCUGGUGCUGAUGUGAUUUUGCCAUUCCUGAAAGGACGUGGAGUUUCUGAAAUCAAGGAUGCUAUAAAAGAAGUGAAAUUCACUGGUCAGAAUACAAGAAUCGCUGGCGCUGUUGAGAUAGCCCUCGAUGAAAUGGAAAGAGCCAGGCGGCGGGAUGCCAGACAGGAGACAAAAGCUGAGUUAUUUGCUGUAUCGGCCAGUCAGGACUAUAACGAAGCCGAGUUGUUGAUUUAUAUUGGUGACGGGAGUCGAGGUUCCUCAUCGUGUGAAGUCGACCUUAUCUUGAUCAUCGAUCGUUCAGAGAGUGUUGAAGGUGAUUUCAAGAAAGAAAUCGAGGAUGCGAAACUGGAGUUGGCGUUGGGUCGUUAUCAACGGAAAGAGAUUGCGAAGGCUCUCGAAGGGAUCGUUCACACGGGCGGUACGACAUCAUCUGUUGAGGGAGCACGUCUUGCUAUGCAGGUUCCCAUUUUCUUCCUUAUGUACACACGGAAACGAUCACAUUAG